GGUGGAUCCGGAGUUAAUGAGGGUGACAAUGUUGAUUGCACAUCAUUGUUUCUAAGUGAUGUUUAUGAUACCCAUGAUCAAGCUUGUAAAGCGGCAAAGGAGAUUGCCAUGAGUAAUAGUUUUUCCUUGAUAGUGGCAUCAGUCAAGAGAAACCUUGGAGAAGGCAAUCCGCGGAUCUAUAUGGAUUGCAACCAUGGUAGUAGGAGCAACUCAUAUACGUCUGAUCCCGCAAAGACAACACGGAGCAAAUCUACAACAGGCAAGUUAGGUUGUCGUUUCCGAGUGGUGGUGCAAUCCGUAAAAAUAGAUGGCAAGUGUAAGUGGAGAAUUCAUGGGAUUAAGUCGAGUGGAUUUCACAGUCACAGAUUGGAGGUUUACUCUGAGCGAAGCAGGCAAAAGAAUGCUCUUUCGCAUGUGGAAAAAAUGAAUAUUAAGGAGUUGGAGGCAACGCAUACUCAGGCGAAAGAUAUCAGAAGUUUGCUCAAUAUGAAGUACGAUGCUCAUCACAACAUGACUCAGAUUUAUAACGAGACAGCAAAAAUUAGGCGUGAGAGAUUGGGUGGGUUGAAACCUAUGCGGUGGACAUUGAUAGAAGCUCAACGUCUUGGCUACUUUAUUGAGUGUGAAUUUGAUGAUCAACGUCGUGUUACUAGACUCUUCCUAUGCCAUCCUGAGUCGAUUCGGAUGUUGUUGGCAUGGUAUUUUGUUGUUUUGAUAGACUCGACGUACAAGACUAACAAGUAUAAGCAGCCACUGGUUCAGUUGAUUGGUGUUAGUCCGGUGAAGAAGAACUUCAACAUUGGGUUCGCAUUGAUUUCAGAUGAGAUGAAGGAGACAUAUGCUUGGGUUUUGAUGCAAUUGAAGAUUGUGCUUGGUGAUCGAUGA